AUGGACGCCCAGGCCAAGCAGCACUACCUGGCCGACUCGCCGCCAACCGUGGUUCGCUUGGAAGUCAAGUCUCACUUUGACAACCUCACGGACCCGAAGCUGCGGAAAUAUGCCCAUUACCUGAGCAGAGCUGCCUUUGAGGGAACCCGUAUUACCCUCCGUCAGGUCUCCCCGGAGUCUGAGCCUAUUUACGACCUCAUUCUCGAGCUUCAUCGGGCCUGUGAUGGAAACUGGUCCGAGCUCGCUCAGAAGACCAAUGUCAGCGAUGAGCAUCUACGCUACUUCUUGGAGUAUGCAACCCAAUUCCUUGGGAACUGUGGUAACUACAAGGGUUUCGGAGACUCGAAAUUCAUUCCCCGACUCCCCGUUGAGGCACUCCAGGCUUUAGCUUCGGCCACGCCAAAGACAAAGGCUGCCUUUGACUUGGCCAAUUCUACCGGUGGUGGCAUCUACGAGACUGAUGAGCAGUCCCGCAUGCACCUCGGCUACCCGGAGGGCGGACACAUGACAACAUACUACCCCGACUCACCGUCUAUCACAAAGGAUGAGAUCACGGCUAUCGGAGAUCUGAUGGAGCAGAAAGGAUUGCCGUUGGAGAACACGAGACUCAAGAAGACCGAGUCUGGUGACUUCGAACUAUUGAUCGCAUCGGGUGUCUCCUCACCACCUGUGCGGGAUAGAGAUCUUGGCGAUGCCGAUAUCUUUGAACUGGAUGGAAAGCUCAAGGGAAAGACUCUUUGUCUCGUCUUUGGUGACUAUCGGGAAGAAAUGGCGAAGGUCGCUCAUAGCAUGAAGCAGGCGGGACUUAAUGCGGCAAAUGAGAACCAGAAGCGGAUGUUGGACGCAUAUGCCAUGUCAUUCGGCUCUGGCUCGAUUGAAGCAUUCAAGGAGAGUCAAAGGAUCUGGGUGAAGGACCAGAAGCCGGCUUUAGAGACGAAUUUGGGCUUCGUCGAAACCUACAGAGACCCCCACGGUGUGAGAGGAGAGUGGGAAGGAUUUGUUGCUCUGGUCAACCUGGAGCGCACACGGGCAUUUGGAAAAUUGGUAGACAGUGCCGAGGCCAUGAUCCCCAAGCUUCCUUGGGGUAAGGAUUUCGAAAAGGACAAGUUCCUGAGUCCUGACUUCACCUCCCUGGAGGUAUUGAGCUUCCAGUCCUCUGGUAUCCCGGCUGGUAUCAAUUUGCCUAAUUACGAUGAUAUCCGGCAAAACCUUGGAUUUAAGAACGUUUCCCUCGGCAAUGUCCUAAGUGCAAAGGCUCCCAACGAGCCUGUUCCUUUCAUUGCAGAGAAGGAUUUGGAGGUCUACCGUAGAUGCCGUGAUGCUGCGUUCGAGGUCCAGGUCGGCAUUCAUGAAUUGCUUGGCCACGGAACCGGAAAGUUGCUCCAGGAAACAGCUCCUGGGGAGUACAAUUUCGAUAUCUCCAAUCCUCCCAUUAGCCCGGUGACGAACAAGCCUAUCUCAUCCUGGUAUAAGCCUGGGCAGACCUGGGGCUCGGUAUUUGGAGCGAUGUCGUCUUCAUAUGAAGAGUGCCGCGCAGAGUGCGUCGCUAUGGCGCUCAGCUGCGACUUCAGCAUUCUGCAGCUCUUUGGCUUCGGUGAUGGUAAGGAAGAUCUGGCGAACGAGGCCGGUGAUGUUCUUUUUGCGGGAUACUUGCAGAUGGCUCGUGCUGGUCUCGUGGCUCUGGAGUUCUGGGAUCCCAAGACGCAGAAGUGGGGACAGGCCCAUAUGCAGGCCCGGUACAGUAUCCUACGUACCUUCCUUGAUGCUGGAGGCGACUUUGUCAAGCUCUCAUACACUAAGGAUGACCUGUCCGAUCUGGAGAUCCACCUGGACCGUUCCAAGAUUCUGACUCAUGGUCGUCCUGCUGUGGAGAAGUACCUGCAGAAGCUGCAUGUCUACAAGAGCACUGCAGACUUCGAAGCGGGCAAGAAGCUUUAUGACGAUAUCACGUCGGUCGAUGAGUGGUGGGGUACCAAGGUCCGCGAGAUUGUUCUCAAGAACAAAAUCCCUCGCAAGGUCUUCGUGCAAGGCAACACCAUCUUGAAUGGGGAUGAAGUAACUCUCAAGGAGUACGAGCCUACGCUUGAGGCUUCCGGCAAACCAAAGGACAAGACGGCCUUCUCUCAGCAUCAGUCUACAACUCCCGACACCUUGUCGUGGUCACCGAAUUCUUCUGGCUCGCCUCCCACGGCGCGGCCGUACCAGUACACAGACUCCGUAGCGGAGGAGGACGACGACUUCUAUACUGCGCCACCGCCGCCGCAUUCCCCAUCCUCGGAGGCUUCUUCCUCUAGUUUCACUUCGUCGCGCCCUCCCCCUUUUUCGUCCCUUGUCUUCGCUCCGGCGACCGAUUUCAAUCGCGGGAAGGCUACCUUCUCCCCACCUGAAUCUGCCUCCGCUCCAGCCUCCGUUCCACUUCCCCCCGACGAAGAGUCUCUCGCCCCGAGCCCUUCUUCAUCCUUAGUCGCUGAAACUAAGGCGUCUUUCUCCCGGGACCACAAGCCGGAAUCGUCAGGAAAAUCUGCGGAAGAGGGAGAACCUCCUCCGCCGUAUACUGAAGGAUCCAGUCCUAUCGAAUCGUUCACAUACGUGAUGGCUGCAGCAGGAGGAGCGUCGAGCAUCAUCACGCAGGUGCAGCAGACCGGCGGGCCGCCGAUCAAUACAUUAGGAGAUAUCGGUGGAGAUGAACAUAUCACUCUUGAUCUCCGGGGAACCCGUUUUACCCUCUCCCGAGAUGAGCUGCUGACUCUCCCCGAGUUUGUCCUUUUGUCACUUUUUCCGAACGGUCUACUCCCUGAUGGGCACAUGGGUACCUUCCAUGAAGGCGACAUCUAUCCGGUCGACUACGAUCCGGCGUCUCUGCAAUAUAUGCUAGACUUCUUCCGAUCGGUUGCUCAAUCCAUCCCGUCAUCAUCACCAUCUGCAUCGACCUCUCCGGACCUGGAUGUUGCUCCCGACUCCAUGCAAGGGACUGCUAGGGAUAUGCUUCAGGACCGUGCUGGUAUCAUAGUGUUGCGCGAAGAUCUCGAUUUCUAUGCGAUCCCACCUCGCCCAGAUAUAGACCAGGCGGAGAUGAUCGAGGUCAAGCGCGCGGCUGCAAAAGCAUUGUUAAAACAAGACGGGAUAUUUUCUGGGCUGAGAAAGAGCGACGAAGCCGGCUCGACAGAGCAGCAUCUCAUAGAGAUGCUUACUGCAGGUGGGUUUGAUCGUGACGACCGAUGGGGCCACCGGGCCCCAGAGCCCAACAAGGCGGUAAUAUGCAGCCUGGCUCUGGCCAAGUUGCGUACCGACAUCCGGGGCGACCUGUCGAACAACAACGCAGUUGGCAUGGCUCAGAAGCUCCUUCUAUUCUGGAGGAAACCAGCCAGGAGAUGCUGGUGGGAAGGAGUUGAGCUGGAUGAUGUGGAGGGAGUUGAAGGCAAAGUGAAAAUUUGGAUCCGUAGAGUAUGGACUCUAGAGAUGGGGCCUAGCGUGGAAAGGCCGGCAGUUCUGGCAAAACGCGACGAGCAGAAAAGGCGGAGCUCGACCGCGAUCACCGUCAAAGAGCAGCUUUGGCUUCAGUUCACCAUCCCCAUUUCGCAGCCUCAAUUCCUGAACCGCGAUUUCCUUCAGCAAUUGUUCGCUUCAGGCGCUUUCUACCCGCGCAGCGAUACCUCGGCCAUAACACUCUGA